AUGGAAGACCUUAUCGGGGACCCCUUCAUUUACAACCAGGCCGUGGCCCAUUCCCUGAGCGAAAUCGAGGACUGCGCGAUCGCCGUUGACGCCGCAUACUACCUUCAGCUGCAUCUCGAUGUCUUUCCGGGCAACGAGCCCCUCCUCCCGGCUCUCGGUGGCCUCACUGGGAUCCAGGGACGCCUUGAGAAUGAAUUGGACCAGUGGAAGGCUCAUAACAUCACCCCGUUCUUCAUAUUCGAUGGCCAAUCCAUGGCCGGCCAGGACGAGGCAGCAGUUAAACGUGGCCUAGCCAACCGCGUCAAGGCUGACAUUUCAUGGGACUUGUAUUUCACCGGUCGCGCCGCCGAGGCCGUGACGGCAUUUGGUCAAAGCACAAGGCAGAUGGCAUACUUCGAGAUGUGCGACUCGGACCAGUGUGCUGGCGUCAUGGGUUCUUCGGAGCUGCUGCUGUACCCAAUUCGAGACUGCGUCAUCCGCACCAUCGACUGGGAAAACAACUUGGUCUAUGCAGUUUCGAAGAAGCACAUCCUAAAGACGCUGAACGUCAGCGAGUCUCUGUUCAUUGACGCCUUCUUGAUGACUGGGACGUCCUUCCUACCGCCGUUUCUGCCUCUGACCGACCCAACAAUCAUCAAAACCCAACCCCACACGGUGGCUGACGCGGUUAAUAUGCUACGCACCGCCGAGAAGUCGGUAACACUUGUUUGCAGCAGCUUUCAGGACAUCCUGAAGGGCAAAGAGUCCAAUUGGCUUGACAAGUACCGCAAGGCCCGAAUGGCCGUCGAUCACUUCGUGUAUAUCGCCGAGAAUGGCGAGGUCAAGGUACACGAUUACGAACACCUAACGAACGACAAUCAUGAAUAUCUCGGCCUGCAGCUCCCCUCAGAGCUGUUCCACUACCUCAGCACAGGCCUGAUCGGACCACGCAUCCUUACCUGGAUCACCCAUGGCCAGUUGCACGUCCUGCCGACGCUUGAUGGAGUCGAUUCAGACGAGUAUAAGAAACUGGUGACAACACAAUCGGCCCGCAUCAAAGAGGCUGCCUUGAGUCUGGUUAUUCCUCGUCUGAACCGCGGCAUCGGAUUUAAGAAUAUCAGCAUGAAGGUCUGGUACGAUGCCGACUAUUCUUCCACGGUCUGGGACCGCCAGGAAGCCAAAGCCAACUUCACACGACAAGUUGCCAGUUGGAAAGUACACGAGGCAACCAUCAAGGAGAAUAUUCCCAACUUCGCCCAUGGCUCCAUCAUAUCUGAAGUCCUAGCAUUGAAGAAGCCGAAGUUUGCCGCGCUGACCCGCGCAAACCCCGAGGACAAGUUGAAGGGCGUCGAAUCGGCCGACCUGAUCAAGUCGAUCUGCAUUUGGAGAUUCCUGCAUAUUCGGGGCUACGUCGAUGACCAGCACGAACUCACCAGUUGGGGCUCUGCGCUGGCCACUGCGCUAGCCGCCAUUGAGCCGACGGCCAAGAAGUACCCCGAUUUCCCGCACCUGUACGAGUCCAUCCUUGUCGCGAUCGAGCUGAUUCGCUUCGAGCUCCUUAACACCAGAAACCCACAUGGCGAGCUGCGCGGUCUUGCCCUCAACGGCUCCGAAGCCGACCAGUUGAGCCUACUCCUGAUCAGCAGAUGCGCGAGUCUGCUCAAGCUCAGACAUCAGGCCAACGGAUACACGGGUCCCCUUAGCAAGAACCUCCUCGCAUUCCGCUCGCUCGUGUCCGAGGUGCGGUCCGCCGAUCGUGACCUCAUCGAAGCCAUUCUCGCCUCUAUGUUUAUGUAUGCUCAGGCCAAGCGGAACCGGGACAACAGUUGGGAGUUGAGCCAUCAACUUCCCUUCCUCUAUGAUCCGGACGUCGCCCUCGGUAUUGCGGUCAAGACGUAUCUUGACGAUCUCGUGCCGAAUGACCCCCACAAGAGCCAGAAGCUGGAGGAGUUCCCAGGUGUCUAUGUACCAUACGCUGUAUCGUUCACCGAGGACUUCAACGUGGCUUGUAACUUCUUCGAUGCGCUGCAUGCCGCCGUCAAGGAGCUAAAGCCCAAUGAUAUUCCGGCGAUCGACCGCUCUGCUUGGGACAGCGCCGCUCAAUACCUUGCGACGAGGCGGUAA